AUGAACUCAAUGGCCCUCCCCCGAGCUCUCGCGAGCACCACCUGGCGCGCAGUCGCCUCCAAUCCCUCGGCGCCAGCCUCUCGCGCGGGGUUCUUUGCCCAGCGAUGCUACGCAACCCGCGCUGCGAAGACGACGGCCGCUUCUGCGCCUGCUACCGCCCCGAAGUCCACCGCUGCGGCUAAGAAGACAACGACGACGACGACGACGAAGAAGAGUGUGAGCACUUCUGCUGCUAGCAAGAAGGCCGCUACCACCACCACGACUGCCGCCGCCGCUGCUGCUGCGUCCAAGACGGCCUCGCCUUCGACCAAGGCCAGUUCCGCCACUAUAAAGGCUGCUGCCGCUUCGAGUACGACCCCCAAACCUACAAAGACGGUCAAGAAGACGACUGCGAGCACCACCAAGGCUGCGACUACUACAUCCGCUGCCGCCACGAAGAAGGCGGCUACCGUCAAGGUCGCCUCUCCUCCUCCCGCGUCUGCUGCUACUGCCGCUGCCGCUGCCGCCCCGAAGACACCCACCUCGGUCCCAAGUCCCGCGCCCACAGCGAGCUCUGCCAGGGUGGCCCCGGCAGCGGCCACCCCGAGACCGGCUCCCGUCACAAUGGCGGCGCCAACAGCGGCUCCCAUCCGGCCCUACGCACCCACAACAAGCCCUCCGCCCCGGGCCCCGGACGUGGACGUCCGUCCCAAGCUGAACCCGAGUAGCAAGGAGUACCGGAGAGCGUACGGCACGGCGGCGAGGAAGUGGACCGCUGCCAUGGUGGCCAUGCCCAUUCUCCUCGUCACGUCCUACUACCUCUUUGACAGAUUGGCCCUUGGUAAUGAAGCAAAAGUAAUGCCGGAUUUUGAAGGAACUAGAAAAGCUGCAGAGGCGGAGAAAGAGGUUCAAAAGGUAGUGGAAGAAGCACAGGCGCAAGCCAAGGCGGUAUAG